AAAACAAUUUUUUUCAUGUUCCUAUAAUAUGCUGCCACUGUUACUGUAUUCACAGCAGCAUAUACAUUUGUAACUCUGCAAAUAUUCAGGUCCGCCAAUUUAGCUAGAUGAUUCAUAAAUUUCAUCUGGGUGUCUGCAACAGUGUGAUUCCUGUCUGCACUCUGAGUUUGUUCUGUGUGUAGGAUUUCAUUUUUCGUUUUUUGGUUAAACGGGAUGAAAUUAGAGGCGUUAAGAAUGCGUAUUAGUUAGGGUUCAGGUGAAGCAGGGUAUUAUCCUUGUGAUUCACUUGGGUUGUGUAAUGUAUAGACAUUUACAAAUAACCCAUAUCGGUAUAAGGGCUUGGGUUAUCUGUAUAUACUAUUUUAAGCCCAUGUAGAGCAAGUGCUGGGUUUACUGGUGAGUAUGGGAUAGAAAGUGGCCACUGUGAGCAUUGAAAUGCGGCUCUGUCAUGGGGGAUUAGAUCGGUUGUUCGUUUGUUCGUGUGUUCUCUUCUCCCGCCAUUUGAAACCCUCUCAGGUCAUAGUUGUAUGACUAGCCUGUGUGUGAUGAAGUCUUUAAACUUCUUGUCUGUCUCUGCUGAAUCGAAUAUGACAUGAUGUUAUGCUGAUGAUCCAGGGAAGAUAGGCAACACGAUGAGGUCGAGUGGGAGCUAUCGUGUAAAGACAGCUGAGGAGUCAAGGGCAAUGAAGCAAAUUGAGAACUUUUCGCCUUCUGGGCUUAAGGUUUUGGUUGUGGAUGAAGAUCCUCUUUGUCGUGUAGUACUUGAAAGAAUGCUUCGUCAGUGUAGUUACAAGGUGGCAACGUGUAGCCAAGUUUCUCAAGCUAUAUCAAUGAUCAUGGAAGGCAAGGACCAGUUUGAUCUAGUUAUGAGUGAUGUCUAUCUCCCAGAUGAGGAUGGAUUCAAGCUGCUGGAAGUUGUUGGAUUGGGACUGGAUUUACCUGUAAUAAUGAUGUCCGCAAAUGGAGAAACUAGUACGGUCCUGAAAGGCAUCACUCAUGGAGCUUGUGAUUAUUUAAUUAAGCCUAUAAGGAUAGAAGAGUUAAGAAACAUUUGGCAACACGUAGUGCGUAGACGAGGCAGAGAAUAUCUUAAGGAAGAGUUGGGGGAAUGUGAUGAUCGUGAUGUGAUUGAUAACCCAGAAUCAGCUUCCAAAAAGAGAAAAGAUAUCAGUGGUGGGGACUUUGCAGAUGAGGUUAUAGAUGAUGUUAGCAGUCUUAAGAGAGCACGAGUUCAUUGGACUGUGCAACUUCAUCAGCAAUUUGUUGCUGCGGUGAAUAAAGUGGGAAUCGACAAAGCAGUUCCAAAGAAAAUUGUUGAGGUUAUGAAAGUCCAGGGGCUUUCACGAGAGAAUGUUGCAAGUCAUUUGCAGAAGUACCGAUUGUAUCUAAGGCGACUGAGUGGGAUCAUUCCUGAAUCUUGCCCAGUUGCUUCGUUCCAGGCUGCCAAUGACAGCAUAUCUGGAGGGACAAUCAACAAACAAUCAAGUGGAAAAGGCUUGAAUUUGGGUGUUGGAGUGAAUUCAAGCGUAGCGGUUGGAAAGGGUCUAGAUCAAGGCACUCUCAAAUCACUUCAGCAGUACAGGGCUUAUCAGCAAAAGUUGGCAGCAAACAGAGCACAAGUUUUGGGAGGGAUAGGAAUUCUUCCUCCAAAAUGCUCAAGUCCGGCUAAUAAGAUGCCUGAGUCAAGAAGUGGCUUAAAGAGUGGAUUGCAAAGAAUGAGUUCGGUGGAUAUGGGUAUGCUCUGGAAGGCCCAAUGUGAGCGAGCUUUUGAUGAAAAUGAAAAAGCUGCAAUCAAUUUUUCAAAAAUGAAACCAGAAAAGAGACUCAAUAAUAUUGAUAAGGAAGAGGAUGCUGUUCUUGAUCCAAUCCCUGAACAACACGGUGUUAGAAAGUUGAGUCUUAGGCUUUCAAGGACACAGAGCAUGAAUAUGGCUGAUAUUCCUAUAACAUUUCCACAUGAUAAACCUGUAACAGAUUUUCUGAGCACGGAGCCUAUUAAUAGUAUGCUUCAGGAAGUUGACGAACUCUGCCCCAUGGAGGACAUAUCAUGGGUCGAGAGACCAUUUAAGCCUGAAAGUACCCUAUCAAAAAUGCUACCUGUCAAUAGAUUUGAAAACUUUGCAGAAGAAUUUGGAAGCAGUUCACUUUCUGCAUCUACCAGUGACAUAGUUAAUAGGCAAACUUCUGCCAGGACUGAUUUUGGAAGUGCACAGGAGGUAGAUUUAGGUAAUGAAGAUUUCUUUUCAAGUGGAUCAACUGAUAUUUCAGAUUAUCUGAUCGAUGAUUUCAACCCACUGACCAAAUGAGAUUCUAAACUGUGAUGCAAUUCUAACAUCAUCGUUAUUAGAUUUAAUGAGGUGUUGAGUAGGAAUUUAAAUGCAGUAAACAUAGAUGCAGACAUCAUGUCUUUUGUAAUUUAUUGUAAAUGGAAGGACCCAAGAAAUGGCGACCAUAUACUACUGUAAUUUAUAUAUAAAUAAGGUUUGACAGAAUGAUUUAGCACAUGUUUAGGAAAUAUUAAUGGAAUUUUUGGGCAUGACAAGAUA